GUACACUGUGCUUAGUUCAUGACCUUCCGAAACCGUUUUGAAACCUCUCUUGUUUCCAUGACGUCUGUUUUUUAUGCACUAAACAUCGUUUAUCGUUCUAAAAAAUAAUGAACGCCACGAAAUUGACCACAACAAUCGGUAGAACAAUGAGAAUGACCACUCGUUCGAUAACAACAUCACAAUCAAGGGAGCUUCAAUACAAGCUUGAAGAUUGCAAGGAUCAGAACGUUUUCAGAAUCGAGCUGGCUCCAAAAACAUAUGCAUAUAUUGAGUAUGAUAAGAACAACACCAGAUAUGAUUUGAACCAUACCAAAGUCCCAGAGGAGUUUGAGGGCCAAGGCAUUGGGAAAUUACUUGCAAAGAAAACCUUUGAUCAUUUGAAGGCUGAAGGCAGUAAAUUCGCUCUACAUUGCGAUUUUCUGGUGCAUUUUUACAACCAAAAUGAAGAUUUGUAUGUGAACAACGUAGUUUCGUGAACGUGAGCCAUGGAGUUCGAAGAUGCCUACGCCUUCAUUCAUUUCUCCCUUCGGGAAAAGCUUCACCAACAAAUGCUGCUUCUUUGUAACGAUGCUUUGAAAAAGUUUGUAGGUGAAAUAAAGUUUAAUCUCUAUCGUGCGUUAGCUCUGAACCUAAACAAUCGCUUCAGCGAGUCUAUAAAAGAGCUCGAAGUACUGAAAUCCGAAAAUGAUAUCAGGUUGGCUUCAACUGUUGCUCUCAUUUACACCCACAAGAAAAUGGGGAACGUCGAGAAAGACGUUUUCGUGAAUCUCGAGGCAAAAUUGCGAGAAUAUCGGAAUGUGGCGACUGCAUCGGAUUGGACGAAUGCCGCCUUUGUUCUUUACACGCUUGGAAAAACGGAGAAAGCUUUGGAAUACAUCGACCGCGCUUUGAGAAUAAAUCCAAGUACUAAUCCUCUCAAAGGAUGGAUCCUGUUGAAGCUUCGCAAAACGCAGGAUGCAAUCUACGUCUUUGAGCAAUGUCUCAAGGAGAAUAAAAGGAGUUUAGAUUCGACUCUCGGAUUAUCGCAAGCUUUCUUGCAUAACAAAAACCACGAGGAAGCUUUAAAUGUCGCUAAUAAAGCCGUAGUUCGGUUUCCAUCUAUGAACAUUGCGCUUGUUAAUAAGUUGAUUGUAUUAUUCACCGCUCAGGAUUUCGAUCAAGCUAAUGAAACGCUUUUAAGAAUUUUAUCCACCGAUGAUAAUAGUUAUACAGCAUUAAAGAUCGAGAUCCUCAUCAUGCUUUGUAACAGCUCGAAUUACGAGGAUAUUGCUUUGAAGAUUAAUGCUUUCGUGGAUCUCUUGGAGAGGCUGGAAUCAAAGAACGGCGAAAUUCUUGCUACCAACGGGUUCCUUUUCUCGCGCUUAUGCAACAGGAACAAGCAAAUAUUGGCCGAAACGUAUAACAUGCUUGAAAAAUCCGUGUAUUUAUCGAGUGACAAUGUUAACAAUUUGAUUGAAUUUGGAUAUCAGUGCAUUUUGCAAGGAAAAAUUAAAGAAGCCAUAAAGUAUUUUAAAACUGCUUCGAAAAGCGAUAAGACUUCUUUUGACGCGUUGCUAGGAAUGACGUUAUGCGAGUUUCUCGAAAAUGGAAAAUCGGAACAGAUUAAGCAGCAAUUAUUCUUUUUGCUCGAAUUGCAGGAAAACCACGAGAACCAUCCUUUACUAUUGUUUAUGCGGGCAAAAUUGUCGGAAAACGCAGAUUCGGCCAUUAAAUUUCUUGAAGAAACAAUCGCCGAACAACUUAAAAACGUUACGCCGUUAGCAUUUGGUGAGGAGUAUUUACGUCUCUUGGAUGCAGAUUUUCUGUUGGGAGUAAUCAAAGUUUACAUAGAGUACGCACCGAAGAUUUCAUCGAAGAAAUCUCUGGAUAAACCUGACAAUAUAAUAGUGAAUUCUUUAAAAUCUCUAAAGGUUCUCACUAAAGCUUGCCCUGGAUUAUUGGAAGCUCAAUAUUUGUACGGAAAAAUUCAAUUCCUUAACAGCGAUUACUCAGAUGCUAUGGCAACUUUAAAUUUUAUCAUUGAACGUGAUCCAACUUUAACUGAUGCACAAUUAUUGAUUGCGCAAAUUCAUUUGAAUAAUUCUUCUUACGAAAGAGCAUCUCAGUGUUUGGAAGUUGCGUUGAGUCAUAACUUCAAGGUUCGCGAAAGUCCUUUCUACCAUUUGAUUCAAGGUUUGAUUGAAAAACAGAGGAACAAUUGGGAUGAAUCCAUCAAGAGUUUAACUACUGCUUUAAGCUUGACGAAAAUCCGAGACGUUUCAGCGGAUAAAGCUACAAUUUAUGUGGAACUCAUAGAUAGUUACACUAAAGCAAAUCAGAAUCAUGAAGCUUCGAAUUUGAUUGAACAGGCUAUGGCUGAAUUUCAGAAGACACCGGAAGAAUCACGGAUGAUGAUAUUGAGUGCAGAUUAUGCAGCGAAAAUGGGGAACGUCCAAAAAGCAAUUGACGUGCUGACUAAAGUGAAUCCCAACGAAUCUUACUAUUUGAAAGCAAAAACACAGCUGGCUGAAACUUAUUUAGUGUAUAGACAGGAUAAGAAAGCGUUUAUGGCGUGCUACAAUGAAAUGGUUCAAUUCAAUCCCGGACCGGAAAGCUUUUUAUUACUCGGGGACGCUUAUAUGAGAAUCCUGGAACCCGAUAAAGCUUUGGAAGCGUACAACAACGCAUUGCAAAUGAAUCCUUCCGAUCCGUAUUUGACUUCUAAAAUGGGGAAGGCUUUAAUUGAUACACACUAUUACAAAAAAGCUGUUGUUUUCUACAAAGAUGCCAUCUCUUCUACAGCGAAUCCCGAUCUGAAAUUGCAGUUGGCCGAAUUGUAUAUGCAAUUAAAGGAGUUUGAGAUGUCGGAAGUGUUAAUCACUGGAGAAUUGGAGAAUAGCAAGAAGGAUGAUUUGUUGUCGCUUCAAUACAGGACAAAGCUUUACAAACUAUUGGCUGAAGUUAAAGAAAGGGCAGGGAAUGUUAAAGGAGCUAUGGACGUGCUAAAAUCGGCCAGAGAUAAUCAAAACAGGGUACGCAAAAUAUUAGCGGUAGAACAAGCAGUUAUACCUGUGGAAGAGGUUAAUUGUUUGAUACAAUUGAAUAUGAAAUUGGGAGAACUUGCAUCCGGCUUUAGAGAUCACGAGAAGGCGAUAAAUCAUUACAAAGAUGCGUUAACUGUUUCCAAUGAUAAUCCAAAAAUUUUAGCUGCUUUGGCCAAGCUUUACAUGCAGAUCAAUUAUUUAGAGCUUUGCCAGCAGACAUGUGCGAAUUUGCUGAAGUUGGACGCUGACAAUGAAAUUGCUUCAGUUUUAAUGGCCGAUAUUGCAUUUAGAAAGGUUGAUUUCGACAUGUCCGUUUUUCAUUUCACUCAAUUAGUGAACAAGCAGCCUACUAAUUGGGCUGCGCUAGUCCGAUUAGUGGAGGUUCUAAGGCGUACGGGAAAUUUAGAUGAGGUUUCGCAAUAUCUACAAUUAGCCGAGAAGCAGUUGGAUCGACCCCAAAAGGAACCAGGUUUUUGUUUCUGCACGGCUUUAUACCAAUGGUAUUCUGGUAAUUUGAAUGGUGCUUUGAGGAAUUUCAACAAUGCGAGGCAAGAUGCGGAAUGGGGACAAGAAGCUAUCUAUAAUAUGAUUGAGAUCUGCUUGAAUCCUGAAGAUGAAUUUUUGGGCGAGCAAUUCAUGGAUUCUGAUGAUUUGGAGUAUAGAGAUUCGAGAAGCAUGGCUUUGAAAACAGGUUUAUUUGUUGUAAUUUUGCGAUUAACAAGAUUUUUAAUGGAUGUUAUAUUGAUUCUAGCCGAUCGGUUAUUGAAAGAAUUGAAGCAGAAAGUCGUACAUAGCAUGGGGGAUGAUGAAUUGAAGUGCAGAUUGUUGGAGAAUUUCUUAUUGAUCGCAAGCAAGGAUAAGAGCAAUGUGGAACAGGCUUUGGAGGACUUUAUUUCUAUUGGUUCUAUGGAAGCUUAUAAGGACCACGUCGGUCCUAUAUUGGGGAUGGCGAUGGCUUAUAGUCUGCUGAAGCAAGGACAAAGGGCAAAAACUCAAUUGAAACGAGUUAUUAAGAACAUUUGGACCUUUGAAGAAGCUGAUUACAUUGAAAGAUGUUGGUUGCUCCUCGCCGAUUAUUACUUGCAGUCCAAUAAAUACGAGUUGGCUGCAGAUCUUUUGAAGAAAGUUCUUCAGCACAAUAAAGCGUGUUGCAAGGCUUACGAGUUUUCUGGUUAUAUAGCGGAAAAGGAACAGAAAUACAAAGAAGCAGCUAAUCAUUACGAAGCUGCUUGGAAAAAUAACGGGAGAAAUAAUCCGGCUAUUGGAUAUAAAUUGGCUUAUAAUUUGAUGAAGUGUAAAAGGUAUGCUGACGCGAUUGAUGUAGGUCAAAUGGUUUAUAAGAAUCAUCCGGAAUACAUGAGGAUCAAGAAGGACGUCCUGGAUAAGAGUAUUAAUAAUUUGAGAACUUAACAAGACUUCGUAGCAAGUAGCAAAUCCGUCCACUGUGUUUAUUAGAUUUAAUUUGUCACAUUAAUAAACAUAUAAUAUUUCGCACUUACUAAAGCAAAAUUUAUUUUCUUUUGAGGGGCGAUGUACUGUUUUCUGGAGUUUAAUUUUGUUUUAUUUUGCCACGUGUGAGCCGGAGGGAAUGUAUUGUUUUGGCAAUUGGCUCCUGUGAUAUUGGCAUUGGCCGUUGGUUCAAUAAUAAUUUGAAGUUCAGUUGAUGAGAAUGUAUCGGACGAAGCGCAAAGUGCCGACGACGGUUUCGUGGGCUGGCUCGGAUGAUAUUAUCCAAGUGCACAAGUUUGAAGAGGAGCUGGAGCUGGUGGAGGGUGACGAGGAAGAGUUGGUCCGGGAUGAAUGUCACGGUUAGUAGUAAGCUUUUAGAGGUUUAAAUACAUGAUUUGUGUGGCUGAAAUCGCGCCGCAGAAGGCUAACGAACUGGCGACACUUACGACUGCUGUAGUU